UUUAGUUCUUACUUCACCACCCCACACUACACUACAAUCUCACACCAAAAAGAAAAGAUUGAUAUAUAUAUUCUUGUGAUCAUCACAGGUAUAUUACAUUGAUCCAAAAGGAUAUAUAAAAUCUCUUUUUCACCAUGAAGAUAAAGAUAACAAGCAAAACACAUGUGAAACCAAACAAGCCAAUACUAGGGAAGCAACAAUUCCAGCUCACCACAUUUGAUCUUCCUUACCUAGCUUUCUACUACAACCAGAAGUUUCUGCUCUACAAGUUCCAGAACCCUCUAGAUCUCGAGGAACCCACUUUCCAAAACAAUGUCGUGGAGAAGCUCAAGGACGGUUUGAGUUCGGUUCUUGAAGACUUUUAUCAGCUUGCUGGUAAGCUGGCCAAGGACGACGAAGGGGUCUUCCGAGUUGAGUACGAUGCUGACGACGAAGAGAUCAACGGCGUGGAGUUCUCGGUUGCUGAAGCUCCUGACGUCAGCGUCGGUGAUCUCACGGUUGAGGAUGGGACAGCUAAGCUCGAGGAGUUGGUUCCGUACAGCAGGAUCUCGAAUUUGGAAGGACUUAGCAGGCCUCUCCUUGUUAUCCAGGUGACCAAACUUAAAGAUGGGCUUGCAAUGGGCCUAGCUUUCAAUCACGCAGUGCUAGACGGAACUGCCACAUGGCACUUCAUGAGCUCAUGGGCCGAGAUUUGCCGUGGGGCCAAAACCAUCUCGACCCAGCCUUUCCUGGACCGAGCUAAGGCGCGUGACACACGUGUGAAGCUGGACCUAACUGCCCCAAAGGACCCCAACGCCGGGGAUGGUGCGGCGGAACCGCCGCAGCUGGUAGAGAAAGUCUUCAGGUUCUCAGACUCCGCCAUCCACACGAUCAAGUCAAGAGCCAACUCAGUCAUCCCAUCCGACGGCUCAAAACCUUUCUCCACUUUCCAGUCCCUCACAUCGCACAUCUGGCGCCACGUCACCCUCGCGCGUGGGCUCAAACCCGAAGACAUAACUGUCUUCACUGUCUUCGCCGACUGUCGCCGCCGCGUCGAUCCUCCGAUGCCGGAGGAGUAUUUCGGGAACAUGAUCCAGGCGAUCUUCACGGGGACCGCGGCGGGGCUUCUGGCGGCGCACGGGCCGGAGUUCGGAGCUUCGGUGGUGCAGAAAGCGAUCGUGGCUCACGAGGCGCGUGUGGUGGACGCGCGGAACGAGGAGUGGGAGAAGUCGCCGAAGAUAUUCCAGUUCAAAGACGCGGGAGUGAACUGCGUGGCGGUGGGGAGCUCGCCGAGGUUCAAGGUGUACGAGGUUGAUUUCGGGUGGGGAAAACCGGAAACGGUUAGGAGCGGGUCGAACAACCGGUUUAAUGGGAUGAUGUACCUGUACCAAGGGAAAGCUGGAGGUAUAAGUAUAGAUGUGGAGAUCUCUCUGGAAGCUCAUGUCAUGGAGAAGUUAGAGAAGAGUAAAGAGUUUUUACUUGUCGAAGAGGAAGAUGGAAAGAAUCUCAGCAAUGGCAAUGCUAAUGGUAACGGUUUGGUUUGAAGUUUAUCAAAGCGAGUUAAUUAAUCAAAACUUCAAAUCUGGUUUUCGGGUUAAUGAGCUGAUUAUAUGUCAGUGGUCGUAUUAAAGUUUGCUCUUUGUGUUGAUAAUAAUCAGCAGAGUGCUGGCGUGUGAGUUGUAAGUGUGUUGGUUUGUGACUUUGGUGUGUGUUCGGACAAUGUUUUAAUGUGGCUUAUGUUGUUGUUUAGGGAUUAAAUAAAAUGCACUUUGCUAUCUAAAUCUCGGAAAGUUGUCAUUAGAA